AGAGCCCAAGAUAAACACCUGGGAGCAGGCGUUGCACUUGAGGCCAGUAGGGCAGGGUCCGCUUGUUGACACAGACUGCUGUUUCUUGGCUUGAGCUUUUAGCACCGUCGGGUACCUUACCUCACACGUGAAAACUCUCAGACGGAGAAAGGUCAGCGUAACUGUUAGGAUGUUAGGGCUGAUGAAUACGGAGGACCCGAGAAUUGUAGCAAAUGAGGAGAGAAAAGGUACAUGCUCAGCUUUGGCAGUAGUGAGUCGUUAGAGAUCUCCUGAAGUUAGUAAUGCCUUCGUACAGAUCCGGAGUCACCAGAACUAAAAUGGAAAGCAGUGAUAAGUUUGACUUAUCCAUCGCCCCCCCAAAAAAGUCUCGUGUGGCCUUAAAAAUAUGUACACAAAUUACUAUGGUUAAAAAUAGGAAAAAUUACCAGGAAGAAGUUACAGAUCCUCAAUUACUUUAGUUUCUCCAUAUAAAUGAAUAAGACCUUGGGUAAUUUAGAGGAAGGAAAACGUCACCCUAAUUUCUUUUUUCAGUUCUAUGGAUGAACCUAGUGCCUCGUGCGACAAUCACUACCCCUAAGCUACAUCUCCAGCCGUCUGGAGUUAUAAAAUGCACCUUGCUCAACUCAGUUUCACUUUAAGCACCUGCUCCUGGGAUAGUGGUCUGGUGAAGGAUGAAAAAGCCUCCCCAGUAAGCACUUUGUAGUAAAGGCAAGCUGGCUUCUGGAAUCCUGGUCUUGGCUGUAAAGAUGAAGCAUCGUAUAGUAAAAUCACAUUAAGGGAGUGUUAGACGGUAAGAGCAGCUUUUAAAAGGGAGGAAAACUCUGCAUGGAAAAUGACACUUUGGAAUAGCAAUUCCACAGCCUGGGCAUACUCUCUGAUUACACUAGGAACUGAAAUGUUAAGUUCUUUUUUCCGUUUCUACUGUGUGAAACUUUUCUUGGAACUGUACAAGAUUUCAGAGUUUGCCUUCUAUCAGUCCCAGGUAAUUUUAAUGAUUUGUAAUAUUCUGAAUGACCUAAGUGGGUACUUUCGGAUGAACUCUCAGUAUGAUUGCUGUCUAAGUUACCACUGUUCCCUGUUUGGAGCCUUUUUGCAUGUAGUGGCCUUCCUUCUCCCUUGGUUCCCUUGGAAGCACUAUCAAGAUGGUGACUGGCUUAAUGGACUUCAUUUGGUGGUCUCCCUGUGCGCCUUUGACAGCACCCUCGCCUGGGUGCAGCAAGCCCAGUACCGCUUGUUUGCAGAGACUUUCCCCAGGCAUGAAAGCAGGCUGCAGCUGAUGAAAAUUAACCAGGUAGCAUCCCUGCUGGGCUCCACCAGCGUCCUCUUCUGCGGCCUCAUCUCUCACAACAUGGAAAUCCUGCCCAGUUUUCAGGUCGUCGCUGUCAUCACUGCCUUCCUGGCAGUUACCAGCCUUUACAGUGGCUUGCUCCAUAUGAGACCUCUUGAACAUAAAAGAAACCCAGAGGAAACCUCCCUCGCAGAGAGUGAGCAGGAACUGCUGUGGACCUCCACCAUCUCACCGAUGAGACAAAUCUUGUCUCAGAGGAACUUCCACCUUUUCCUCAUCAUGAAUUUCUUUCAAGUCUUUCACUUGACCUUCUUCAGUAACUUCAUAAUGAUCUUUGCAGAUAACCUCAUUCCCUUGGAGAUUUUCUCUUCUUCUGCAAGGAGCAUCAUGUACGGGGCUGGCUUCAUCUGCCCUCAGUGCCUGGUACUUCUAGGUCAGUCCUGGCUGAAGAAAUAUGGUUACUAUAAGAUUAUCUUAAUUUCUUUCUACCUAGAAGGAGCAGCUGCCAUUGUCAUGGUACUUUUGGGACAGGAAUACUAUUACUGUUUGAUUGUUUACCUCACUGUUAUCAUGGUGAUUGUACAAGCCUCUUUUUGCUUAUUUAACUUGCCACUGGCUGACGUGGUUGAUGCAGAUUUACAGAAGUUUAACAGGCAGUCUCCCCUUUCCUUGAUGGUUUUUAGCAUCAGUGCUUUGUUUACCAGACCUGCCCAGUCUUUAGCUCCUAUGUUGGUACUAUCAAAGCUAAACCAGUAUGGAUAUGGAGAUCCAAGCAGCAGAAUAUUUUUAGAUCUUCAAGACACCAUGUUUAAUUUGGUGUGUGUGGUCCCGCUGGGCAUCGCAACUGUGCAGAUUCUGACUUGGAGCUCCUUCUCCAUCAGGAACAGAGCAGACUACUCAGGCACUGUGUAAGCACAGCGGCCGUGCUGGGCAGCGGUUGCAACACUCCUUCAAGGGCUUGUCAGUUCUUAGAGGUUGUGCUGCGCUCAAAGGCAGAAGUGAUCUUUACACCCCCCCCCAUUUGUUUAAAAACCAAAGCAAAUAAAACAGCGUGUAUUGGGA